UGCAGUACGCAGUUGCUACGUGAAACAAAAAUCUAACAAACAAAAUGUCUGGACGCGGUAAAGGAGGCAAAGUUAAGGGAAAGGUAAAGUCCCGCUCGAAUCGUGCUGGUCUUCAGUUCCCUGUUGGUCGAAUCCAUCGUCUGCUGAGGAAAGGAAACUAUGCCGAACGUGUUGGAGCCGGAGCACCCGUCUAUCUGGCUGCUGUGAUGGAAUACCUGGCUGCGGAAGUGUUGGAAUUGGCAGGAAAUGCUGCCCGUGACAACAAGAAGACCAGAAUCAUCCCACGUCAUCUGCAGCUGGCCAUUCGCAACGAUGAGGAGUUGAACAAACUGCUCUCCGGAGUGACCAUUGCUCAGGGCGGUGUUCUGCCAAACAUCCAAGCCGUGCUACUCCCCAAGAAGACCGAAAAGAAGGCCUAAAUCGAAUGCUGAACCAACUCUUGUACAAAACCGUCCUUUUCAGGACGACCACAUAUUUGCGAUAAAGAUAAAUUUGAAAUUGUUUCCGAUGGGGGACUUAGUGGUCUAGUAAUGGUGGAUCUGCCCAAAAAUGCCGAAGAUGAGGCUAAUAAUCACUCAGGGGUAAGAUUACAUGGUUCAUAGCAAACCUGCAAAUCUGAGUAUUAAUCAAACGAUCAACUCAAUUGGAAUCAAGCUAUGAUGGAUAUAUGUUGCUGUAAAUAUUGUAUUUAAUGCCGUUUUAUAGUGCAAUACCACUGGCAUGACGCUCUGGAGCAUGAUUUUGAGGACUAUGUUUAAAAUUCCCAUGGUUCCUAAUUCAAUCGCUGACUUUUUUGGAGUAUUGCUCGAUUCACCAGAUUGUAGAAAAGCGUAAAUAUUACAUGAUAAAAAUAAUGUACAUAAUUUUAAGACAGAAUUUCCUGAUUCAAAGAGUAGGGGAUCUGCAUAAUAAAAAAUCAGAACAACCAAAAAUGUCAUAGGUAAUCGUUUAUAAUUGUACCAUACCUACUAGACACAUUGGUUUCAAAAUUUUAGAAUGACACU